AUGUUCAACCCUUCGGAACCCAGUUCCCUCCCACUUACUCACCAGCCCACAGUAAGAAUGCCCUUUCAUGUUUCUCCAAGCUUGACCAGAGGGUCGAGUCAGGAAUGCGAGUACAAAGAUGAGCCUAGUCAAUGCGAGACUGAUCCUCCUUUGGGCAUACUCGAGCCUUCUCCAGCUCUUGUUCGGACGAUUGGUAAGACUCGCAGUCGACAUAUCUCACAAGCCAAACGUGCCAGGUCGCCAUCAUCUGACGAAACCGACGACGGCAUUCUUAGACCUAUAACUCCUCCACCCAUAAUCAACGAUCUUGCUCGUUUUGUCAAGCGUGCAAAGUUAAGCCCAACGCUUCGCAUAAAGGAUAGCUCCAACACACAGGAUCGCCGCUUUUUUAAUAACCAGUUAUCUCACCGUGGCUCAUUGAGUGUAUCAGAUGCUCAGCGGACCAAAGAUGUGCUCUGGCGCCGUUUGAAGAACUUGUCUUCAGAAGCUGCAGCUCAAGCUGUCGUUACGAUGCAUGCUGACGUUGAAUGGAGGCGCGUGUGUUGUCUGGCAACGGCUUGGGAAAUCUAUGCGAGUGAAGAACACUUGAAGUUCCUUCACAUGGUUCUUGAAGAUCAAGGUGAAAGAUAUGCCAGUGCUGGCAGUGAGCCUUUUGGCACGUCAGUUGAAGGGCUCGUUAGCUGUAGUGAGGAGGAACUUAAAGAUUGGAUAGACUUCGGUGUCGCUGCAUACAGCCAUGAUGUAACAUCAUUCGCUGUUGGAGACACACAGUUGGAUUACCUCGAGAAUACAUCCACAGACUCAGAUGAAUCUGACGACUCUGGCAUCGCUCUCACGCACUCGGAAGAAGACCGAUCCAGGGGUGAGACAUUAAGAACUGCAGCAAUUUCAUCACCGUGUAACAGCUAA